UACAAAGGGUGGUUCACAAAGAGCAUUAGCCAUGGCUCUCAAUGGAGACAGUGUGGUGGUUCCUCAAAUGAAACUUGAGAGGAUGUUUAGCAUGAGAGGAGGCAAGGGGGAGGGCAGCUAUGUGAAGAAUUCGCAAGCUCAGGCUCGUCAUGCCCGGUCCUUGCUUCACUUCCUGAAGGAAACACUAAACUCCAUGCAGCUUCCUCCUUCCUCUGCGGACACUUCGUUCACCAUCGCAGACCUAGGUUGCUCCUGCGGGCCGAAUGCACUCUUCAACAUGGACAUCAUAGUUAAACAUGUGACCGAGAUAUACGACGCAGUUGGUCGCGAGGCACCUGAAUUCCUUGUCUACUUGUCCGACCUCCCCAGCAACGAUUUCAACACCCUCUUCCAGCUUCUUCCUCCACUGACAAGCAAUAGUCCAGAGGAAUCCCUGGCAGCGAUCGACGAGCAGCAGCGAUCCUACUAUGCUGCUGGGGUGCCAGGAUCGUUCUUCGGUCGGCUUUUUCCGGCAAGAUCGAUCCAUGUGUUCCACUCGACCUUCUCCUUGCAUUGGCUCUCCCAGGUGCCGGCGAGGGUGACGGAUAAGCAGUCGGCGGCGCAUAACAAGGGCCGGAUCUUCAUCCAUGGUGCACCCAAAUGCACCACGGACGCCUACAGGGACCAAUUCAAGGCAGACCUAACCGGAUUCCUGCAGUGCCGGGCCAAGGAGAUGAAGGAUGGGGGUGUCAUGUUCUUGGCGUUCCUGGGCCGGACCUCCGUCGACCCCACUGACCAAGGUGGCCCUGGCAUCCUUUUUGGCACCCACUUCCAGGAUGCCUGGGAUGACCUUGUCCAAGAGGGUCUGCUGGAGAGUGAGAAGCGCGACAGCUUCAACAUCCCAGUGUACGCAGCAAGCCUCCAGGAGUUCAGGGAGGUCGUGGAAGCCAACGGCUCGUUCGCCAUUAACAAGCUUGAAGUUGUGAAAGGAGGUAGCCCGUUGGUCGUCAGCCACCCAGAAGAUGCCGCUGAGAUCAGCCGAGCACUCGCCAACAGCUGCCGUUCCGUGAGCGGGGUGCUCGUUGAUGAGCACAUUGGGGAAGAAUUGAGUGAAGAAUUAUUCAUUCGGGUCGAGCGUCGUGCGGUCAAACAUGCAAAGGAGCUGAUGGAGCAACUGCAGUUCUUCCACAUUGUUGCCUCCCUCUCAUUGGCAUAGAAGAAUGAUCUCCAUUGGACUAUUGUGUGGGAUUUGAUUUGGUUCCAUACAAUAUAUAUUUUUCA